UUGUGGUAUUAUUAUGUCUGUGCAAUCCUUUGGGAAAGUUUAGGACUGAGGGAAGUUUUAUCCCAAAGUUAAAUUUUAUUUUAAAAAUACUAAAUCAUUAUUUAAUCAGAAAAUGAUUGAAACAAAAUAGAAAUAUCCCGGAGACUCAGAGCUCUGAAGAAGAGCUGUUGAGUUUAUCUAUAAAUAUUUACAGUAGGUCUCAACCUUAACAUUUAAUGAUUUGGUGCUUAAAUGUCAACUAAAUUUAAUACAUAUUAUUUUAGAUCAUUCAUUUGUUUUUUGCCAUGGAUUUUGGGAAGGACUUUGUCACCUUGUUUAAAUAAGUGCUAUACAAAAUUAUAAUACAAAGUUAUUAUUAUUAUUUUUAUAAAUAUCACAUUUAAAGAUGCACCUGCUACCCAUGCAACAUCCUGUAUUCAAAUCAAUGCAGCUAAAUCUAGUUUCUAAUCCGGUUUCAUCAUGUGAACUUUUUAUAUUUUUGCUGUGAGCUGCUGUAGCACUAAUCCUCUGGAGAGACCGACCACCUCGAGCUCUGGAUCAUGAUGUUACUUCUCAUCUUGGCGUCUCUGUUCUUGUCUGUGAGCAGCAGCCCUACAGGCAAUUCCACGCCGGUGACCGAGACAAACAAUCCGUCCACCGAGCCGACUGUAGGAAACCAGACUAGCACUGUGGCCGAGGGUGCAAAGAACAGCAGCAGCCCAACCACGCCAACUGUAGAAAACCAGACUGACACUCUGACCAUAUGUGACAGCUUCGACAGAGCAGAUCACACUUUCUUAGAUCUACUCAAAGGAUUGUGGUGCAUUGUUCAGAAGCCACGAGUCAUCAUUGCAUUUGUGACUGGGGUUCUUCUUUCAGCAACCAUCUGCUGUUUGGCUAGAACAUGCCACAGAAAAAAGAGGAGAUCUGAAAAUUUGGCUGAGAACAUGGAGAUGGUGACCACUGAAGCAGGUGCACUGAUCGAUGAUGGCCAAGCAGUGGAAUUCAACGACUGUAAUCAUGACCAGGCUGCUGAGGCUGCUGGGACAUCAGCGCCUGAUGGAGACCAGGAAUUCAAAGAGGUGGAGUACUCUGACAUCAUGUUCUGCGCGUCACAGUGCAGUCUCACAGAGGCCAGGGACGCUCAAGACCCCACAGAGACAGAGUACGCUGAAAUUAAGAAAGGCGCACCGGAGGAGAGACAAGACGAUGGGGGCGAGGGAGGUGAAGUGUUGGAGGACAACAGGGAGGGGGAGGAGGAGAUGGUAGAGGAAGAGAUGGAGACGGGACUGAGUGUGUCAGCAGGGGAGGAAGGUGAGGAAGGUGAGGUGGUUUCUAAAGUGACUUAAAGUAGAGAACGAGAGGAAGCCGGGGGGCAAUACAGAUGGCAAAGACUGAUUUAUCGAAAGGCUAAUAGAAAACAGCCAAAAUAGGAUUUUUCACACACAUUUAUACCAAAGGUCAGGGUUAAACUUUAAAAUAUCAAACCUCAAUGAUAUUUCUUCUAGGGUUUGAUGAUGAACAUUGUAGGUUUUUAAGACAUACAUUUUAUUGUUAUUACUUCUUGGUGUACUGAAAGUGAACGUGUAGUUACUAUGAAGACACUCAUGUAGCUUAUUCACCUGGAUUGUUUUUGUUCAUAUGUUUUUAUUGUACAACCGUGUUCAUGGGAAAGUUGUCUGUUUCUGAAACAUACUGUAAAUAUCUGCUGAUGGCCAGUGCGCUUCAUGCUUCAUAAUGUCAGUAUGUGAAUUCAACGCAAACUGAAAUUCAUUGAUUUCUCACCACUUGAGCCUUUUCCCUUCUCUAUGCUCCUUAGAAGUAGAUGAAUUUGUUCAUGAAAUUCCUUCUCUGAUAAAAGAUCUUCAUAAA